AUGGCUUCCAACGACACAGAAAGAGUUACUGCUGCGACAUGUCCAUCCUCGUUUCUCCCCACAGGUUAUCCGUAUAUUCCGGAACGUGAUUUCUCCUCAGCAGUCAUUCUACAUCAUCUACGUUGUACCGCAGUCUUACAGACCUGGGCCUGGGGUUUACAAGAUGCUGGGGCUCAUAAGGAGGCCAUCAGGGCAGCCCUCUCGGAGUCGGCUAGCAUGUCUCAUGUAAUGGCUAUUACUAGAGAGGCCUUGCAGGCUGGAGAACUAGCCCGCCGUGCCGAGGUUGAGGAUGCAAAGGAAAGAGAGCUUCAACUCUUGAGGGGCUACUGA